UUGAUUAGAAUAAUAUCUAACAACAUUCAUUGUAUUUUGUUUUGUAUAGAAUAAUAAUAAUAGAUUUUACGUUGUUUUCUUCGUGUAAUUAUUAUCAAAACAAAAUCAACAUUGCGAAUGUAAAAUCAUUAAUCAAGUAUUACAAACUAAAAGUAGGUAAUUAAAAUUUUUUUUUUUUUUUUACUUCUGUGGUAAAACAUGAACUCAAACGACGGACCCGAGACCAGUUACACGCUACCGACCGGCAAUUGUUUGGCGAUAGUCAGGAAUUUGGUAUCCCAAUUCAACGAUUUAUUCAGCGAUUUCAACCGAUACAUUUCUCCGGCUUACCAUCAUGACCGAUGUGAAAGGUCCGUGCACAUGCGAUUGUACUCCAUGAACAAACGGGAGUUCGUCAUGAUAUUUGUCAUUUUGCUGACGGCUAUGGGAUUAGUGUUGUUUAUCGGCUUGACGGGUCCACCGAUAACUUUGACAAGUAAAACCAGCGGUGUGGAUAUAUUGAAACACAAUAAUGGGACGCUACCUCAGGGCCCAUAUGUUAUGAAAACUCCUAGUCUGACCGUUUACAAUCAAAGGCUAUGGUUGAUCGCAGUUGUUUUAACAGACAAUAAAGACGAUGAAACGUACGACAAAAGUUUCAACAUAAAUAUGUCCAUCAAAGGCAUCACGCCUCAACACAAGUAUAAUAGUGUAAAAGCGUACAGUCAAACUAGCAGGAAAAGACAUUUACUAUGCGAAAGACAGACUUGCAGUCAAGUACCUAUUGCCCAUAUUGGAUAUAUUCAUUAUACUCAUUACAUAUUUAAUGUAUCAUUUUGCAAUCUAGAGACUUUCCAUCAGAAAUAUCAAAUAAAAGAAGUUUUAUUCUACUAUAAAUCAUAUAACCCAGGAUACACUCAAAUGGAAAUAUGGUUCAGGCUGAUUUAUUUAUUGAGUGCGUUUGGAGUACUAUGCUUUUUCGCCAAUUCGUUGAGAAAAUUCCCAAUAGCCGAUUGGUCGUACGAACAGAAAUGGACCAUCAUUUUAUUGCCUUUACUUAUUUUAUUUAACAAUCCAUUUUUCCCUCUGACACUUCUGACCGGCAACGAAGUAAUCGGAGUCGCCGAUGGAGUUUUCCAAAUCACAUUUAUUUGUGCUAUACUAUUCUAUUGGCUUUGCAUCUAUCAUGGACUCCGCCAGAAUGAAAGAAAACCACUGACAUUUUAUCUAUUCAAAAUCGCUUUAGUAAGUCCGUUUUGGUUGAGCGGUGUUUUAAUUGCCAAGUAUCGACGUAUAAAUGAAUUCGAAGAUCCAGCAUUCAGUUAUGAGAUCGAUACCAAUGCUUUUUCGAACAUAAAGCUGUGCGUGAACAUUUUCGCAUUCGUUUACAUUUUAUUCUUGGUGUGCUUGAUUUUGAGAGCAUACAGUGAUUUGCGUUCGAUGCCCUACUUCGAUGCAAGACUAAAGUUUGUAAGCAUUUCAAUGGUUAUUUCGCUGCUUAUUUGUUUUAUCAUCACGUACAUGCGAUAUGGAUUCGGUUUAAUCGAAGAUACAUUUGCCGCCGAUUUAAAUACUGAAUACAUGUCGUCGGCCUUGUUCAUGACAUUUUACGGGAUUUGUAAUUUUUACGUGUACACUCUAGCUGCAGUGUAUUCGCCUGCAAAGAAACCCGGGUUUGAAUCUUCAAUAACAAAAGACAACCCAGCUUUUUCAAUGGUUAACGAUUCCGAAGAAGACGGUCCUUAUGGAUCUGAUGAUGAAAGCCAUAAACCUUUGAAUCCGCCUAACGACGACAGCGAUUAACUUUGUGUUCAUUUCUAUGAUAAUUAUUUUUUUUUUUUUCCCAAUGAAAAGCUAAAAAAGUGUUGGUAUUAGUUUUAUUAUUAUAAUAAUAAAUAUUGUCUUACGUAAUAAGUCAGUUUCUGUGAUGAUUGAAUGUAAUAUUAUAAUAAUUGUAACAUAUAGAGUUUAUGUAAUCCAGUAUUAAGAUAUUAUAAGUUCAAUUGUUUUUUGAGUUACCGUUUUAAAAUAAAAUGAUUACUGAACACAUU